AUGUCGACCUCAGGCUCCGAAAGAACACUUACGGCCACCACCAUUCCUACGCCGGCAACCCCAACCUCCCUCAAUUCCGCCCAUCAUUUUGUUAGUCUCAAACUCAACUCACGCAACUACCUUUUUUGGAGGACUCAGAUCGUGCCUUUUCUUCGCGGCCAAGGCCUGAUUGGAUAUGUGGAUGGCGACAUCCCCUGCCCAGCACCGAUCAUCCAACCAUCUCCCGGCAGCGACGAAGCUGCAUCCUCCGCAAUCAAUCCGGCAUACGGAGCCUGGGUCCAACAGGACCAAGCUAUUCUGUCUUUAUUAAUCUCCUCCCUAUCGGAGGAAGUAAUGUAUUUAGCUGUUGGACAGACGACUUCACGAGGGGUAUGGCUCGCCGUCGAAACUGCUCUUGGGUCGUCCACACGCGUAAGAUGCCUCAAUUUGUUGGGGCAGUUUCAAUCUCUGCGUCAAGGCGAUCUAUCACCAUCAGAAUAUCUCGGCCAAGCACAGCUGUUGGUAGAGAAUCUUGCUCUUGCCGGCCGGCCAAUGUCGCUAGAAGAGCAAAAUCUGUAUGUUUUCAGAGGAUUGCGCCCGGAGUUCCGAGCAAUGGCCGCCACCCUCGCCGUUUCAGGUAAUGCGGUUUCAAUUCCUCAGUUGGCUGAUUAUCUUCAAGCACAACAAUUCAUCCAUUCGGAUGAAUUUCCUACUGGGAUGGCGACACUGCCGACUGGAUCACCGUCGGCUAUGUACGCUGGUAGGAGUCGCGGACAGUCCGGACAUGGGGGUGGCCGAAACUCUCGCGGCGAGCAAAACAGGGGUGGAAAUCGUGGAGGACAGAACCGCGGAGGGCGUGGCCGAGGAGGGCUGCGCUGCCAGAUUUGCCAGAAGAAUGGUCACUCAGCUUUGCACUGCUUCCGCCGGUACUCCGAUGCUCCACCGCCGCCGCCACAAGCCAAUGUGGCUGUUACUGCUGAUUCCGCGACAGAGGUGGCUCCGUGGUAUCCGGAUACCGGGGCCACGUCCCAUGCGACGCCGGAUGCCGGGAUGAUGAGUCAAUUCGAGGAGUACACCGGCUCGGACGUCCUACGCGUGGGUAAUGGCACAGGUCUAGGUAUUGCCCGUGUUGGUCAUGCUAUCAUUCCAUCUCCCGGGCGUCCUCUCAAGUGUGGCAUCGCCGACUUGGCCAUCCUCAUAAUCAGGCUCUUCAGCGUGUUCUGCAUAAUUGCCCAGUUUCUACAAAUAAAUCGAGUGACUCGUCCAUUUGCUCGUCCUGUCAGCUUGGAAAAGCCUCGCGUUUUCCUUUAG